CCUCUAUCAAUACAUUCCAAUGCCCCCUCUCCCCGCCACCAUAAUCCGGCACAUACAUCUCCCCUCCAUAACACCGUUCCACAUUGCACAAGCCCUCCAAACGCACCUCGUCUCUCAAUUCCUCAGCUACAAGGCUUCUCUCUCGACGCCGACCCCAUCACCACCCCCCAUACCUACAAUCCUUACUUUCGUACCAACGCCAGUCUACACAACUGGCCGCCGCGAGCAUGAUUCUCUCUCAGCCGAACAACUCGCGGUUCUGAAAGCGCCAUUGACUCCAUUGAGGAAAACUUCGCCUAAUAGAUUCAGGAACCCGGAGUGGGCGGCGGUUGUUCCUACAUUGAGAGGAGGGCAGACAACGUUCCAUGGUCCAGGGCAGUUGGUUGUGUAUCCGAUCUUGGAUUUGAAACCUUUACCUAUUCCCCAACCUUCCCAAGGUUCAUCUCCAACAUCCUCGUCAGAAGAAAAUUCCGAAGGAGAAGUCCAAACGGUGGAGGCGGCGAGUAACCAUGUCCCACUCUACAGCCUCUGGCCCAAAGGGCUCAGCGUACGCUGCUACGUGCAUCUGUUAGAGCAAAGUACGAUCAACACUCUCGCACAUUGGACAUUGAAAGGAAUUCGGACCUCGAAUCCAGGUGUAUGGGAGGAGAGCGGCGAGCGGAAGAUCGCUGCGCUAGGUGUACAUUUACGGCGGAAUAUCACGAGCUAUGGGGUCGGCUUGAAUGUAAAUACCGAUUUGCAGUGGUUUGAUAGGAUUGUGGCUUGUGGAUUGGUGGGGAAGGGUGUUGUGACCAUGAGAGAUUUGGGGGAGGAGACUGGGGCUUGGGAUAUGUAUAAUGGGGGCAAAGUACACCAUAGAGAAGUGGAAGAUGUCGUUUUAGCAGCGGGAAGAGAGAAGGGAGGCGAUGGGAAGAGGACUUGGUUGGAGAGUUUGAAGGUUAAGAAUGGGGUACAGAUGAGGGCGAGGCUGAAGCCUGGGAUUGUGGCUAACUCGUGGGCUAGGGAGUUUGCGAGGGGGCUUGUAGGAGAAGGUGGUGAGAAGUGUGUGGUGAAGGUUGGGAUUGAGGACUUGGAUGUCCCGGAGGCAUUAGCUGCUGCGUACAAACGCGAGACGGAGCCUUGGAGACAUGACUGGGAAGAUGAUUGGUCGGGUUGAGGAAACCACUCGGACUGGAGAGAUAUGAUUCUCGACAGACGCUCAAUAAGCUAGAUCGAUCAGAGAGCGAGGGCGGAUACGAGGCUCGAAGUGCUCAAUAUUCAUGAUGAGCAUCAGCUCCUUAUUCAUGCAAUCGAAGUCGACACUCCACACCACCGGCCAAAUUGCGCUUCGAAGGAAUUUGCACACUCAAUAAUGCAUAACUGUAAAGGACAUGGAGACACGACAUAUAAAACAUAUGCCCAUAUAUACUAAUAUAUAUGAAAAUGACCGC